AUGAAGCUGGAGGCGGCGCGACAGUUAAUAGCGAAAAAGCUGCAAUCUUUCCGUAUGGAAGAUGGCGAACUGGUGUACCAUACACUCUCAUUUCUGGUAGAGUCGGAGCAAGGGCCUUUCUGGAAGGUGUAUCUGCUGAAUCCGUCUGUGUCCUACGAUGAUGCCUUAUAUGUCUUGCUGGCCUUGUUGGGGGUGACUUUACUACGACUGAUUAUUAGCGGGGGCAGCAGCGGCGCAUUGAGACGUCUGCCCUGCAUUUCAAAGAAACUGGCGAAGUCUACAAAUUGCGUUCGCCCUGGAAAGCUGCACAAGUUCGGUGAAAACGUUUGGUAUACGAUAUGGCACGGCACUGCUUUCUUCUGGGGCUGUUAUGUCUUGUAUAGCGAAUUCGGAACAGCAGAAGUGCCAGGAUGGCCUCGGCUGCAUCUGCAGCGCCCCGACGGCCGCUGCCUGAACACUGCCCUUAUUAGGGCGCUGACACAGGACUUCGUGGAGAGUCGCUGGCGUAUCCCUGGGGGUACUGUUCUUCCUGCUUUCCUCGUUGUUCUUCAGAUUCUGCAUAUUUAUUGGUUCUGGUGUAUCAUCAAGAUGGUCAUUGGACUCGUUACUGCCGUCCGCAAUGGAUCGCGCGAAGACUGCGAAGACGUCCGGAGUGAAGACGAAGACGACGGCGAGGACGAGAAGGGGGAUGACGAGCCAAAGGAAAAUAAGAAGAAACAAUGA